ACUAAUGCGGGCCAAAUAGGGAAGCUUGGAACCGGGGCGGAGUCUGGGCGUGUAUCGCCUUGGAUGGGCUUGCGACAUCAAUUGCGCGCCCGACCGCACGGUUCCCAACGUCGACCAUGUCUGCACGACGCCAAGCGUCCACAACAUCCCUCGCGAGAUACGUACGCGCAAACUCCCCCGACUUCACCAGCCGUUCGCUCGACUUCUGCAACGCAUUCUGGGGCCUCGGCGAUGGCGGCGUCGAUGUCUUAUUCGCGCGCAUGCGCGGCGCGGCACGCACGAUGGAGGAGCUGAGGGCUUUUUGGAAGGAGAGGGCUGCGAUUGAGGAGCAGUACGCGAAGCGGUUGGCCGCCUUGUCCAGAGCCACAUUAGGCAGAGACGAGAUCGGGGAAAUGCGCACGACGAUGGAUACACUGAAAAGCGAGACCGAGAAGCAGGCAGGGUACCACCAGCUGGUCGCGCAGCAGAUCAAGAAUGAGCUCGAGGCGCAAGCCGCAGCCUUCGUCAGCCGGCAGCAGCACCACAAGAAAACGAUUCAGACUGCGAUCGAACGCGAGUUCAAGACAAAGCAGACGCAGGAGUCAUACGUGCAGAAGGCGCGCGAGAAGUACGAGUCGGACUGCAUGAAGAUCAACUCGCUCACGGCGCAGAGCACGCUCGAGCAGGGCAAGGAGCUGCAGAAGACGCGCGAGCGCCUCGAGCGUGCAAGGCAGACCGUGCGUGCGAACGAGCAAGACUUCGCCAACUUCACACGUGCGCUGCAGGAGACGGUGCGGAAAUGGGAGGUCGACUGGAAGGCGUUCUGCGACAGUUGUCAGGAUAUGGAGGAGGAGCGGAUGGAGUUCGCGAAGGACAACAUGUGGGCGUAUGCGAAUGCGAUCUCGACAGUCUGUGUUGCCGAUGACGAGUCUUGUGAGAAGAUUCGGCUUGCGCUAGAAUCGAUGGAGGUCGAGCGCGACAUGGAGAACUUCGUGCGCGACUACGGUACAGGAAGCCAGAUCCCCGACCCACCCGUCUUCGUCGACUACUCCAACCCGAACACAAUCCCCUCCUCGGGCCAACAGAUCACGACACGCCCUGCUGGCUUUGUGCGUGUAUCCCAGCGCUCCCGUCAGGCUCCCCCCUCCCCUCCACCGCCACAAGACGAGGAGCCUCCGGUGAACAUGACAGGGGUGGGACGCGCAGGUGGACGGCCGACAGAGGUGUCAGAUGCUGCGGCCCAGCGCGCAGAUAGCAGGAACGGUGCCUAUGUCAACGGCCACACGGUCUCUCCAGGACCCGGCGCAUCCUCGCGCGGGCAGCCGCCUGCACAAGGCGGCACGCGCCCGCCUGAUCCUCACGCCGACCCUAUUGACCCCACCGCAGAGACGAUGCUCAAGAUCGGCGAGCACGCAUACCCAGUGGACCCCGCACGCGACCCGCAAGCACAGAGGGUGGCGCCGCCGCGGUCACUCAACGUCGGGCAGGACGAUGACCCGCUCGCCCAGCAGAUGGUCGCACUGCAGAAGGCGGGGAGCACGCGGCGGCAGAGCCAGUACCAGCCGCAGCCCGCGUACCCGCCCUUGAGCGGUUCGCCAACCAAGCCUGAUUCUCUGGCGAACAAGCUGUCGCCGCCGCCCGACGGGUCGAGCCGAAGCGCACGCAGAAACUCGGUCGACUACCGCCGCUCCGCGGAGAUAGUAGUGGGCGCGCCGCCGGCGUCCACAUCGCGCUCGGCGUCGCCGAAUCCGUAUCCGAAGCACAUGCUGCCGCCGUCGCACGCGGGUGCGGGACCAUCAGGGAACCUCCCGGUGCAGGACAUCCUGCACGACUACGAGCAGUCGUUCCCCGGCGAGCGCAAGUCGAUCAGCCGGCCGGGCAGUCGCCCCGGGAGCGUCGUCGGGCUUCCAGGACACGGCCCAAGCCCCAGUCAGAGUCAGAUACAGUCGACGCGACCGGUGAGCGGGCAGGCGGGUAUCGGUGCACAGGGUCGCAGCCCGAGCCCGCAGCCGUUCGCGCCGCCCUCGCGAAGCACGAGCCCUGCGGUGCCUCACCAGGCGAACCCCCGCAGGCUGAGCACGAGCAGGGUGCCCCCACCGUCGAUCAACGGCGCCCCUGCUGGCCAUCACGCGAAUGCAUCUGUGAGCUCCGUGCGGUCGGGUACGAUCCAGGUGCCGCAGCCGUCCGCACAUCACCAGCGCCCGACGAGCCCGAACAGCGUCGGCAUCGUCCUGGACCCCACCGGACGCGUGGCGGUAGACGAGAUGGCGAACAGGUACCAGCCGCCGCCGCCGCCGCAACAGCAGCAGCAGCAGCAGCAGCAGUAUGGGCGGCCUUCCCUGCAACAGCAACAGCAGCAGCCCCCGCCCCCAACGCAGGUACAGCGGCAGCCGACGUACCCCUCGCAGGGCGGCUACCCGCAGCAGCCUGCGGGCCACGUCCAGCAGCCCCCACACGGGCCACCCGUCCCGUACGGCGCGCCCCCGCAGACGAUCCCCGCACCCAACUACGGCGCGCCCUAUGGGCAGCCGCCGCAGCCGCAGCCGAUGUACCCCCAGCCCCCGCCGGGGCAGUAUCCCCAGGCGCACCAGCAGCAGCCGUCGUACUCGAAUGGGUAUCAGAACAGUGUGGUGCCGUCGCAGCAGCGGACGGCGUCCGGGUACUUUGGACAGGACCCGUACGCGCAUCAGCAGCAGCAGCAGUACAGGGCGCCGAGCCCCGCUAGGGUGCCGUCGCCGCAGCCCCCGCCAGGCCAGGCGCCGCCGCCGACCGGGGCGUACACGGAAGAUGGGCGUGGGAUUCUGUUCUAUGUCAAGGCGCUGUAUGACUACCAGGCGACCAUCGACGAGGAGUUCGAUUUCCAGUCGGGCGAUAUUAUCGCGGUUACUGCGACGCCGGAGGACGGGUGGUGGUCCGGCGAGCUGCUGGAUGAGCAGCGGAGACAGCCCGGCCGGCACGUCUUCCCGAGCAACUUCGUGUGUCUCUUCUGAUCGCGUAUGCGGUCCAUCUCGUUCGUGCAAAAACGCGACGCUCUCCCUUCGGUCUUUCUCGUUACGACUAGGAAUGUUUGGCGCC